GAAUCUGUCUCAGAUGAUCAGAAAUGUUCUCAACUGUGCGUAGAAUUCCUGUAAGCAGAUUAGCCCUCUUCGGACUCUUUGAUAAAUCAGCUGAUAUAGUGACAACCCCAGGAUAUGAGGAAUUAUCACAGAAGUACACCGGCAUGACAGCCGUUCGACGAAUGCUUACCCCUGAUCAAUACGGAGAGCUUUCUCCAGAAUUGGUAACUGCCGUCCACAUGAGUGCAACCAGUACUUUAAUGGGAAUAUUAUAUGGAGCUGUUAUUCAGGGGAGGGAAGCUUGGUAUGCCUUCAUAGAGAACAACCAAGCAACGCAAUUUGCCAAUCACCUUGAGGCUAAGAAACUCCUGCAGGAUAAAGUGACCCUGGCGAUGGGCAGAGGAGCCCUGAAAUGGGGGUACAGGAUUGGAGCAUUUUCGACAAUGUUCAUAUUUAUAAAUACGUGCAUAGCAGCAUAUCGCGGCGAACCAGGAAUACUCGAAUACGUUGGAGCAGGAGUUAUAACCGGUGGACUUUUUAAAGUGAAUUUAGGACCCAAGGGAAUGGUGGCAGGAUCCGUCGUGGGAGGCUUUCUCGGUUUUCUCGGUGGUGCUGCUUCUCUAACUCUUCUAUAUCUCACGGGAUAUACGAUGGACGAUAUAGAAAAAGUUCAGCAUGACAUGCACGCCAGUAGAAAUGAGGCUGUUCGAAAUGCGAUGAAAUAUCAAUUACUGGAUGAGUACGAAAAACUGGAAAUAGACGCUGCAAAGAAGGAUGAAAAAUUGAAUCCGUCGUCUCCACUGGAUUCUGUUGCUGAGUCUGAAUCGCCGACUAUCGACGUAGUGCCAGAUCCUAAAUAAAAAAUCUCUCAAUAAGAAAAUAUUUUGUAUAUACUAGUUUACAUGUGCGUAUUAGAUUAAAAUAUAUAAAAACUUAUUGAUAA